AUGUUGCAGUGCAGACAUGCUCAGGAAUUCAGCUUUGGGCCCCGAGCUCUGAAGGACGCACUCAUCUCUACCAACCCUGCCCUCCAGGAGCUCUAUGCCAAAGCCUUCUCCAGCACAGAGAAACUUUUCCUCUCUGAAGCAUACAAUCCCCAGAGGACACUCUUCUGUACUCUAUUGAUCAGGACUGCCUUCGACUGGCUCCUCAGCCACCCUGAUGCCCCUGAGGACUUCGAGACCUUCUAUCACUCCAUGUUAACGAAGAAGCAGAGUUUCUGCCAGAAGCACAUAUACCUACAGCCUAUAGAUCUAAUUGAAGAGCCUGCCGGGAUCUCGCUGCUGGAUUCCCUCAGAAGCUGCCUAGAGUCUUUCUUCUUGGGCCUUCGCGUCAAGUGCCUUCCCUCUGUUCCCAUCUCCUCCAUCCGCUGCUGCUAUCGACAGAGCCAAGAUUCAGACAGAGCGCAGCUCCAUGCAGAUGGGAUCCUGACCUUCCUGAAGAACAACAAGCCUCCAGAUGCCCUGUGUGUCCUUGGACUCACUCUCUUGGACCUGUACCCUUGUGAGACCUGGAGCUUCACCUUUGGCAAAUUCCUGCCAGGACAAGAAGUGGGUGUCUGCAGCUUUGCCAGGUUUUCUGGCAAUUUCCCCCAGCCAGGCUGCACCACCUUAAAUCCAGCUACCGGGCGAGAGGAGCUGCGCGAGGUCACCGAGAAGGCCCGAGACCGGCCGUUGCUGUUCAGUGUACUGGAGAUGGUUCAGUGUUGCAAGGUUACGUGUCAUGAGAUCUGCCACCUGAUUGGCUUGGGGAACUGCAGAUGGCUACAGUGCAUCAUGCAGGGCGCGCUGAGUUUGGACGAAGCAUUGUUGCGGCCCCUGGAGCCCUGCCCAGUUUGCCUCAGGAAGCUGCAAUACGUUGUGGGUUUCAAACUCAUCGAGCGCUACAGGAAACUCUAUGCUUGGAUACAAACGGUAUUGUCUACCCGGCCUAGUCAAGAGUCAGACUUAUCAACAUCGGAGGACAUCCUGCCAUUCAGCUCGGACUCUGGGAUGUGCUGUGAGAAUGACUCUGAGCCUUUAACUUCCCUGUCUGAGCCAUUAACACCAGACGCUUGCAGCCAAGCCUUUUCCAUUGGGCAGGAGCUGGAGCACGACCAGCAGUUUGUUUCUCCGGCUGACACGCACAGCCAGCAGCAGCUGGGCAGGACCACCAAGUCCACAGAUAUCAUUAAAGAUUAUGAACUAUGGCUGGAAACAUGCAUCGCUGCCCUGGAGAAGAACGUCUCUGAGGAGGAGCUGGCUCAAGUGGACAAAACUGUGGAUGCCCUGGCUAAGUGGGAAAUGUUUACAGGCCAGCUCCCCACCAUGAGGAAGGAUCUGCCCUUCCACAGAGACAACGCAGGGCUAAGGAAAGUCCUUGGAGACAAAUUCUCCUCCUUGCGGAGGAAACUAAAUUAUAGAAAACUGUCCAAAGCUGAAUCUUCCCCUCAUCGCUGGAGUUGGGAGGAAAACUAG